AUGACUACUAUUUCGCAUCAUGAUGAGCAAUGGACCUUCUUCAACAAUGGUCCCGUUACGACAACAUUCACACCUGCUCCCACAUGCUUGGGUACAGCUGAAAUCCUGCUUGGAACAAUCGGGUCAGAAAACCCAUAUAUCAUGUACAGCGUCCAAUGUGAUACUACCUCGUUCCCAAACUGCGUGCCAACAGCCACCGCUACCCCCUCACUGGCCCCUGAAGACGACUGGUCUGCUUCUGUCGGGAGCUACUACUCGCCAGGCCUAUACUGCCCCUCUGGCUGGGCGACUGUUGGACAGGCCGGACGUGAUGGCGACAAGCCAUACACCACCUCAGGGGCGAUGAGCUGGGGCGCGAAGGACCGGACUCCGUAUUUCGACUACAUGCCGACGCUGCUGGCGAAGAACUUGCAGCCAAGCGAGACGGUUGCGCUCUGCUGCCCAAGUGGCUACACUGCGGAUAUCCUUGGCGGAUGCUACAAUACUGUUCCUUCGUAUACUCCCACCCAGGCCUGCGCCAUCGACGACACUACCAUACCGGUUGUUGGCUUAUCCACUGCCGCGAUCACAACGGAUGGAACUGUGACAGAGAAGCUCGCCACCACCAGGGGACUUUUCACGAGCCAAGAAACUUAUUCUGUAACUUGGGGCUCGGGUGCGCGCUUGGCGGAUUACUUGACGCCGUUCCACUAUGUCACCGCCGUGACGCUAAUUCACCACGAGUCUGAUAUUCCUGCCACUAGUUCCGCCAAAGAUACAUCGGCUGGUGCUCCUGAGUCUACAAGUUCGAACGCGGGGGCUGCUGCUACCACUUCAAAUGCGGCCGCAAGGACCGGGUCGCAGAUGGGUAAGUGGCAUGGAUCGACUGUCUUUCUCGGCGGUUCUCUUGCGGCAGCUGUCUUAGGUGCUGCCAUUAUUUUGUGA